CCCCGGAGCAGAAAGCAAAGACACACGUAGGCUACUUCCUGGAGCAACUACUGGGGAAGGCAGUUUGUUUUACAGCAACUGGAGUUAUACUCAACUGCUAUACAAGUAGCCUUGUAUCAAAUGGACCCAACGAAUAUACGCGAUGUCAACGCCAUCAUCUGAAAAGCUUGAAACACCACAUGGCUACCCAUUUGAAGAAAUUGAAUAUGGUGAUAUCGAAGUUGAAGAGGUGGUGGGACGAGGGACGUUUGGAGUGGUCUGCAAAGCCAAAUGGAGAGGCAAAGAUGUUGCCAUCAAGACUAUCGAAAGUGAAUCGGAACGAAAGGCUUUCAUAGUUGAGCUUCGGCAACUUUCUCGUGUAAAUCAUCCUAACAUUGUUAAGCUUUAUGGCUCCUGCAACAAUCCGGUAUGCCUUGUUAUGGAAUACGCUGAAGGAGGAUCUUUGUACAACGGUAAAUCUUUGAAAUGCAGCAACUACAGUGAGAAAUGUGACGUGUUCAGCUGGGGGAUCAUACUUUGGGAGGUUAUCACCCGUAAGAAGCCCUUUGAUGAGAUCGGUGGCCCCGCCUUCCGCAUCAUUGUGGCUUUGAAAUAUGGAUUCUGUUUGUCAUGUAUCUGGUGGGAAAAUUUAAGCACAGAUAGUUUGGCAGUUGUUGGAGGGGUAACUGUUUUUCCUUUUGUUCAAGUACUUUCAGGAUCUGAUGAACCCCUACAGUACCCAUACCAGUAUUCAGAUGAGGGACAGUGUAAUUCAGCCACCAGCACAGGUUCCUACUUGGACUACACCUGCAACAGCAACAAAAGUGAUGGAAACCUGGACCAGGGGAGAAAUGACACCAUCAAGACCAUUGAGACUAAGUUUGCACCUCACUUCAAACCGAAGGGGGAAACAGUGCGUGCAGGCCUCCCUUUGUCCAGAGGGAGUAGUGUGGAGAGCCUGUCGGCACGGACGCUGGUCCUGGCCCCUUGUGAGGGCAAGCGGAUGAGUGCUGAUCUGUCGGAGCUGGAGUACCGGGGCACCUUAGGACCCGCAGCACGACCCCCAAACAAACAGGGGCAUCGUAAAACCGCCUCGUUUGGCACCAUACCUGAGGUCCCCAAGUUCCUGUUCACAGGGGGCUGUGAGAGGCGCAGAUCUGUGCAGGAUCUGCCAGGGCUCGGGGCCGAAUCCAGUCAGGGAAGCAGAGGCAGCAGCAGGUCCUCCAGCCCGAGUUCCAGGAUGAUCGCUGCAGACAAGGCCGGCCGUGGCUACAGCUUCUCCCCAGACGACCCCACAGAUACCAGUGGUUCAGACAACUCUAUUCCCAUGGCUUACCUGACCCUUGACCACCAGCUGCAGCCCCUAGCUCCCUGUCCCAACUCCAAAGAGUCCAUGGCUGUGUUUGAACAGCACUGCAAAAUGGCACAGGAGUACCUGAAAGUACAGACUGAAAUCGCCUUGCUCUUCCAGAGAAAGAAAGAGCUGAUCGCAGAGUUGGACCGGGACGAGAAGGACCAGCAGAACACAUCCCGCCUGGUUCAGGAGCACAAGAAACUGACGGAGGAGAACAAAAGCCUGUCCACCUGCUUCCACGAGUGCAAGAAACGGCUGGAGCUGAUCCGCACCCAACAGCAGAAGAGACAGGGCACCUCCUGAUGGAGAUGGGGCACCUCCUCACAGUGGUGUGGGUGUGAUAGGGCACCUCACAAUCAGGCCAGGCCUGCAGACCUGCAAGCCAUGCCCACGUCUGUUUAUGAAUCUCACAAAACUAUGCCAGUAACUCCUGCCUAUUUCCUUUUUUAUUUUACACCACCCAGUCUCUUGACAGAAACUUAUUUAGGUGCACUAUUGGUCCUGUAUUUUCGAGGUUUUAUUGGGCACAGACAUGGCAAAUUGAGGAUGGAAUGGUUGGCAGCGGGGGGUGGGGUUUUGAUUGCUAUUGCUUGGGGCUGUAAUGCACAAAAGACACACCUGUCAAAAUUUGAGGGUUUUUUGGGUCCACCGCCCCAUGUCUCCUUUUGCCUUCACUGUUCCCAAAAAUCCUGUGCGACGUACCAGGUAAGUCUCUGUUUCUCUGAAAAGUUGGUGUAAGAUGCUCUUUAAUUCUAUGGUAUUUUUUAAAGAAUUGUUAGGCCUUGGAAAAUUCAAGAACCGCAACCUUUGUAGUGGCACCACUGACAUCCAUAAGUAGCCAGCUUUGUAAUGUGGCCAAAACUACCAAAUUUGUAUUCAGGCUGCUUAACGUGUGAUUAAGAGGGAUGCAUUUUUAAACUUGCCUUAUGUGUGUAUGUGUCCACUAGGAAGAAAUGGACUGUAACUUGUAUGCUAACCUGGCGAAUAAUCCCAGUUGAAGAUGCAGUAUUCAUUAUUCAUUUCAAUUCCAUUACGUAUUGGCAUACCAUUGAAAUCGUAAAGUUGUUCAGGUCAAUUGCUUAAGACCCCUCUGGUUACCUUUUUUGCUUUCUUAUUUCUUGUUUAUCUUUUUCCAUUAUUCCAUUCAUAUUGUUGUAUUUAUUUGGUAUUUUUAAUUGCAUUUAUAUUACGUGACUCUGUAUGCACAGUUGUAAUAUGAGUGUUGACUCAUAUGGGAAGCUGAAAUGGAAAAUGCUGUUGAUAUUUCCUGCCGUUCUUUGCAUUUGGUUUUCUUUUUACACACUGUUCGCAGUAUUGGGCCAUUCAUUUAUUGUAUUCACUUUGAUGCUGUAGUACAAAAAACUUUAGGUUGUUAUGUAAUAAUAUUUGAAAAUAUCACUCCAGAACAUGAUGUUUGCUAAUAUUUUGGUUGUCGCCGGUACUGUAAUAUUCUAGGUAUUAUUAUUAUUAUUAUUAUUAUUAUUAUUAUUAUUAUUAUUGGGCGAAUAGCCACAGGUGCAUAGGCAUCCUGUUUGUCCUGAUUUUAUUUUUAUGUUUGGACAUAAAGGGAUAUAAUAUCAUCAAACAUUGACAAAAGUUCACCAAGUCCGGAAAUGACCUCUAUUGCUCAAAAAUGGGAAUGUUUUAUUCUUUUACACUAAUACGAUUGCUCACUUACUUUUUUAAAAUAAAUAUAAUAUUUCAUAUGGAUGAAUAUA